AUGGGAGACCAAUGGGGCUCCAAAUUCCAGUCACCAACACAGAUCCAUGAGUAUCUGCAAAACUCAUCGGAAUGUCGAGAAUUAUUUCGAGCCUGGGACUUGCAGAUAGAAAAAAAUAUUGCAAAACCUGAGGUCCCUAUACUAGAUGUGUUUGCCAAAAUUAUUCAAUAUACUACAAAUACACCUUCAUUAAGAUCCACUGGGACGAUAAUAAUUCGUAAUAUUUUAAGAAAUUAUAUGAAACCAAUUAUUCGAAAUUUAUCAUCUGAUCAAUACCCUUUGUGUCAAGCGACUUUGAGAUUAUUGAUAGUGAUAAAUUCUCAUGAUAUCACAACAACAAGAGAAUUGCAGGAAUCUUUUCCUUAUGGUCUCAAGACGCUCGGUAAAUUAUUGAACAUAAGAAAAAACGAUUCAAAUGACCAAAAAUCACGUCCAAAAGAUGAUAUUCGUACUCUAUAUAUUCGUUUUAUUUUGACAUUCUUAACACAUGGAGAUUCUAAAGUGAGAUCUUGUGUUUUGGAAACAAAAAAUUUUGCAAAUGCAAUAUUCAAAGGGUUAUCUGGCGAUCCGUAUGAGUUUGUGGAUGAGGUGUUGAAAACAUUCCAUGAUUUCGUCAUAGUUGACAAUCAAAUCAGUCGAAAAACAAAAGCAUCUUUUUUCAAUACUGGGGUGUUAAAUCAUGUAAAUAGACAGUAUCCAACCGAUUUUGAACCACCAGAAUCUGACAAGGUCGUCGCAGACGUUGUUCACAAAUUUCUGUUAUCAAUUUGCUGUGUGCCAGGAGUAGGAAUCUGCUUCCGUGAUGCAGGAUGGUAUUCAUGUAGUUCACAGAAUUCUAUAAAUGGCACUGGCAAAUCUAAAGAUGGUGACAAAGUUAAAUUGCAUAAUAUUAUAUUGUCUUCCUUUAUUAAAUCUUUGAAGCCAACUCAAGAUUUAAAGCAGCAAGAAUUGUUGUUGAAAAUUUUGGAAGCAUGCCCAGAGUUAAUUCAUAUAAUUUGGCAAGAUAAAAAUAUUUCUUUUGAUCCUCAUCUCUCUUAUAGAUGGAUUGCAAAUAUGACACUUCUUCAUAAGAUAAUAUCACUACCUGUUCCAUUGCUUUAUAUUUCAGGUACAAAUGUUUACUCUGAAAUACCGCCUGAAGUUACUUCG